AUGCAUGUGCUACACGCACGCACACACUCUCACAAUAUUAAUAUUGUGCUGCAAUGCCACCAGACGGCUCUUAGGUUGACAGAUCUCACCCAAAAGAUUCCGAGGAGAAAAGAAUGUUUCAAAAAUUCAGAUAAUGUUACAACUUUUGAAGCUUGGAAAGAAGCUGAGUCUAUUGCCCAUUGCAGUUACAAUCCGCCUGAAAAUAAAUCUUCAUAUACCGAGCCACCACCCGCUGCUUAUGAAUCGUAUUCGGAAGAUGACGAUGAUUCAGUAAAAGAUCCUCACUACAAGUCUAGUUCCUCCAGUAGGUCAUCUAGUUCUUCUAGCAGUUCUUCGAGCACUUCUACGUCAACUGCGAUAACGAAUAAUGUACAAGUAUUACCAACAAACGGUCAAGUGGAACUAGUUUCGAUCCAGACUUCUGCUGAAACAAAUAACGAAGAAAUACAAGAAGCAGUACAAAAUGAGAAUGAAUCAAUAAACCAAGAUGAAACAGUCGAACAGAAUAUUUCCAUGAACGAAAUAGAAGAAAAUAGUAAUGUUAAGAAAAGUAGAAAGCGCGUUGCAAGAGUUGAAGAGUGGCUUAGUAAUAAAGCGAAAAAAUUACGAAAUACUGGCAAAUGUUACAUUUCCAGAUCUAAAACCAAGAAAAUUAUACCUGCACGUUCUUUGAAACCACCUUGUGGCGAUAAAUGCAAAAUGGAAUGUUCUACUAAAAUUGACGAGGACUGCAGGAGGAAGAUUCUUGCUAAAUAUUGGGGAUUAGGAGAUAUUACCCUUCAAAGAAACUUUAUUAACUCCUCUACCAAAGCUAUAGUGCCCGCAUUCCGUUUUUCGGGAAAAGAAAAACCUCGAGGUUAUAAUAAUGCUUACUAUUUUGACGUUGACAAUGAAAAGAUACGGGUUUUCAUGCUGCGCUUCUUGGAAUCCGGCCAUAGUUUCUUGCCUAAUGAUACCGUUUUUGUUCGAAUCGCAUGUGCUCUAAAAUUGCAGCAAAGAAUGUACACGCCGGAAGACUACAUGCGAAUAAUGCAGACAUGCAAAAAGAAUAAACCAAUGCAAGUGCUUAGAAUGACAAAAGAAGACCUUUUAUCAAGUGCUAACCUAGAAAAGAGAAUAACUAACAGAAAAAGCCACUGA